AGACGAGAAGAUGUCGCAACCUGGGGACAAUGUUCUGCGAUCUAUGUCCAGGGGGGAAAUCCUUCCUCCGGGUUGUCCGGUCCCCUUGGUGAAGAGGCUCCGGUUGACCAAGAAAACCCCUGGGACUUCUUCCAAGUCUCCUGCCAAGGGGAAAAGUCAGGGUUCUGCUGCCAUAGAGAAGGUGCCUCCACCCCCUCCUGCAGUGGAGAAGAUGGUUCCACCUCCCCCGCAACCUCCUAUCCCUAAUCGGGAACAGGAGGUACCAACCGGGACCUUGUCAGCCCCGACUCCCGGCGUGCGCGUCCUGGUCAACCCUCAGGCCUUGGAGAAAAUCCCCGAGGUCUUUAGGGGGACGGUUUACGAGACCACGACCUACAUGGUGGACCACUGCUACAACAUCAGCUCGAGGGACUUGCGAGAGAUCGAGACGAAGAGCCCCGAGAAUGUGAUGGAGUCUUCACUGGGGAUGACCCUCACGGCGGCUUUGGCUCUCCACCGAAGCAUAUCUCGGUCUAGGGCCAGGAUUGACGAGAUCCGGAGCGAGCACCAGGCUGCCCAGGCCGCCCUUGUGUCCGCUCGACAACAGGAGCAGGAUGCCAAAGCUACCCUGGCGACUGCCCGGGAAAUCGAGAGGGUCGCGCAGGCUGCCAUGGUUGCUGCGCAGGCCGAGCUGGAGGCAUCUCGGGCCAAGCUGCUGGAGGCCGAGGCGUCCAAGGUCGCCCAGGACCCCGCGAAGGUCGAACUUGAAGAGGCCAAGGCUGCCCUUGUGGCGGAGAGGGCAUCUUCCAGCUCCUCCAUGGAGGCCAUGCUGUACCAUUGCUGGGCCUUCAACCAGGAUGGUGACUUUUCCUUCCUGGGGCCAGACAUGUGGGAGUCCUUCUUGGAGAAGUUCAAAGCUCGCCUUCAACAAGAGGCGCCCUCUGAGACCGGGGAGACUUCCACUGCAACCGAGCAGGAUGCCGAGGGGGUGACUUCAUCAGAGCAGCCUGGCGGGGCUUAGGAUUUUUGUUCCUUUCUCUUAUCAUUUUUUUUAUUUGUAACUUUUCAUUACGAGGUUUUUUAUCCUCGAGACAAUUGAUUUCCUUAGAUUUAUUUUAAUCUAUUUAUAUAUAUUUGUG